AUGACCACGCCUCGACCUGCCAUGUAUGGACAGGUGGCCACACCUUUUCCACACCUGAAUCAACAUAAAAGGGAACAGCUCAGCAUCAUUGAGUCACAGAUCUUCAGAGAAAUCCUCUGUUCAGUCUUUGAAACCUCAGCCUUGGAAUCUUCAGCCUCCUCGCAACGCCCGACAGCUGCACAGGUGGAGCUCCUUCAUCAUGCUCAGCCUCCUGCUGUGUCUCUCGGCCCUGGCACCUCUGGCCGGUGA